AUGGACGACAUUGCACCCGUGGAGCUCCUCAAGAGGCAGUAUCUGCAGCUUAUUGACCCGGAAGAACUUACGCUUCCUCUCAGAGAAUUUCUCAUAUUGCCAGAGACUCAGUCCCAGAUUUACAAUGGUCUGUUCGAUGAGUCCAGAAUCACCUAUGCACCGCCUGAGCGUUACAGAUUUCGUGUCCUCAAAAGAGUUGUGAAAGCCCUAGAAGACGCAGUCGAGGAUCCGGAGGAAGAUCCUUUGCCAUCCGCAAGCGCAGCAGCACAGCAGAAGAGCUACGUGACUUAUACAAUGCCCAUUCGUGGCCUAAAUGCUGCUCAAGUCACCCUGCUGGAAGCUCCAUCGUUACUGGCUUCUUCUGGAACGACCGGCUUCCGUACCUGGGAAGCAGCACUUUUUCUAGCAGCCUAUCUGUCUUCUUCAGAAGGAAACCAUCUUGUCACCGGCAAAGAUGUUCUUGAGCUUGGUUCUGGUACAGGCUUCCUGUCUAUUCUCUGCGCGAAACAUCUUGGCGCUCAGCGUGUACUGGCUACGGAUGGUAGUCAAGAGGUCAUUAGCGAUCUCAAGUCGAACAUACACUUGAAUGAAUUAGAAGGUAAAGAAUUAAUCCAGACAGCUAUCCUGCAAUGGGGUCACGCUCUCAUCGGUGGAGUUGCAGAUUGUCGCGAGGAGAAACGCUCCUACGAUCUGGUCCUCGGAGCUGAUGUGACAUAUGACCUCAAGUCCAUUCCUUCAUUGAUCGCGACUAUGAGAGACAUCUUCGAACUAUACUCCAACAUCAGGACUUUGAUCUCCGCCACAGUUCGAAAUGAGCAAACCUUUGACGCGUUCACCACAGCGUGUGACAAGAAUGGCUUCACGCUUGAGCAACUCAGUGUACCUAUGCCCGAGAAAGAAAAUCAGAUGGGGUUCUUUGUUCCUACAACCACCGCCAUCAAGAUAUUGUUGGUUACGAAAGAAGGGCCAACAAAGGACCCUUUUGCGCUGUAA